AUGGCGUCACGGGUACUGUUUGGUAGUAUCCAAGUGGUAGAAGUCUGGGGUCUAGGAGAACAACAAUUUGCAACACCUGGGGUACAGGCUUUGGUACAAGCGAAUCGUAACGCAAUUAUUCGAAAGCUUCCUCCAGAUAUACUGGAACCAAUUGGACGAAUGAAAGCUUUGGUAUUUAGAGAACAGCUGGUCGCAGGAACUAACUACUUUAUCAAGGUAAAAAUAGGAGGAGGCCAUCGACCCCAGUUCAUACACGUCAGAAUCUAUGCUGACUUAAACAAUAGGAGCAGAGUGGACGGAGUUAAAUUCGCCAAUCAGUAUGACCCAAUUCUUUUCUUCUAG